AUGGAGUCGCCAAUACUUUCAUUGCUCGCCUGCUUGCUGCUGCUCAUUGGCGCUGUGUCCGUUUCUUCUCGCGACGAUUCUAGAAGCUUAUUAAUUCGGCGCCAUCUGCUCGGCAAUGGCUUGGCCUCUACUCCUCCAAUGGGGUGGAAUAGCUGGAAUCAUUUUCUCUGCAACAUUGAUGAAAAAAUCAUCAAAGAAACAGCCGAUACUCUGGUCUCAACCGGUCUUGCUAAGCUUGGAUACAAGUUUGUUAACAUAGAUGAUUGCUGGGCUGAAGGUUCUCGUGACUCUAAGGGUAAUCUAGUGCCAAAGAAAUCCACAUUUCCAUCUGGUAUUAAGGCUCUGGCUGAUUAUGUUCAUAGCAAGGGGCUUAAGCUAGGAAUAUACUCUGAUGCCGGGUUUUACACUUGCAGCAAAACAAUGCCUGGUUCACUUGGCCAUGAAGAGCAAGAUGCCCAAACCUUCGCCUCAUGGGGUAUCGAUUAUUUGAAGUACGAUAACUGUCACAACGACCAUACAAGCCCUACUCUUCGAUAUCCGGUGAUGACCCGUGCACUUAUGAAAACUGGGAGGCCAAUCUUCUUUUCCCUAUGUGAAUGGGGAGAUAUGCACCCAGCCCUCUGGGGAUAUGCUGUAGGAAACAGCUGGAGAACCACAAAUGAUAUAUCUGAUACGUGGGAGAGCAUGGUGUCUCGAGCAGAUCAGAAUGAAGUUUAUGCAGAAUACGCUCGACCCGGUGGCUGGAAUGAUCCAGAUAUGCUACAGAUUGGAAAUGGAGGGAUGACAAGAGAUGAGUACAUUAUUCACUUCAGUAUAUGGGCAAUUUCUAAGGCUCCUCUACUUAUCGGUUGUGAUGUAAGAAAGAUGAGCAACGAAACGAUGCAAAUUCUAGCGAAUAAGGAGGUCAUCGCCGUUAACCAAGAUAAAGUGGGUGUUCAAGGUAAAAAAGUGAGGAUGGAAGGUGACUUGGAGGUUUGGGCAGGGGCCGUGUCCGGAAAUCGUAUAAUAGUAUUGCUGGUAAACCGGGGAUGGUGGGUUGCGGACAUUGUGGCUCACUGGAAUGACAUAGGGAUGCCUCCCUCCACUCCGGCUCAAGCCAGAGACCUCUGGCAGCACAAGACUUUGAAGCAGACGCUCGUAGGGAAUUUGAGUGCAACAGUAGAGCCCCAUGGUUGCAAGAUGUUUGUGCUCAAACCAGUCUUUGUAAUUUGA